AGCACGAGCUACUUCGCGCAGGCCAUCGAGGACGCGGUCGCAGAGCACGGCAUAACGCUGUACGCGCAGACCGUGCACAUGAACUCCAACCCCAUCCGCAUCGCGCAGAGCGUCUGCGAAAACCUCAUCUCCUCCCAGGUGUUCGCGGUCGUGAUCAGUCACCCAGUGUCAGGCGAACUGUCUCCCGCCGCCGUGUCUUACACCUGCGGCUUCUACAACGUGCCGGUCAUCGGCAUCAGCUCCAGGCACAGUUCACUGUCAGACAAGAACCUGCACCGCACGUUCCUUCGGACCGUACCCCCGUACUCCCAGCAGGCCGACGUCUGGGUGGAACUGCUCCAGUUCCUCAAGUACCGCUGCGUCGUCUUCAUCCACAGCUCCGACAACGACGGCAGAGCCACACUCGGCCGAUUCCAGAACAAAGCAGAGACUUAUAAUGAGAUGCGCGUCGAAUGCUUGCAGCUCGAACGAGUCAUCGAAUACGAACCGGGGAUCACGGACAUCACUCAGGAACUGGAAGAAUCGAAAGAGCUCCAUUGCCGAGUGUUUGUACUGUACGCCACCGCUGACGAUGCGACAGGGAUAUAUUCCGAAGUGGCCUUUCUGAACAUGACCAGUCCAGGCUAUGUCUGGAUUGUGUCGGAGCAAGCCCUGAGAGCACCAAAUGUCCCAGAUGGGGUGCUGGGACUGGAGCUUGUGAACGCUUCCGACGAGAGAGCGCACAUUCGUGACAGCGUGGAAGUGAUUGCCCUGGCCCUCAAGGAGCUCCAAAAGGACCCCAACAUGACCCAGCCCAACAUCAGUUGCAGCAUGCUGGGCAACUCCUGGGAGUCGGGCAUCAAGCUGGUCGGAUUACUGAAGAAACAGAAGCUGCUGCGUGGAGAGACAGGCCGCGUUCGGUUCGACGACAGGGGGGACCGACUCGACAGCGACUACGACAUCCUCAACGUUGUCCGUGGCAACCAUGCCCCGGUCGGACAGUACGUCUUCUCCAAGUGGUCCAUGAGCAUGGAGUUGGACCUGGAGCUGGACCGAGUGGUGUGGCCUGGCAACCGGACGGAGACGCCUCUGGGUUACGUUAUCCCGAAGCACCUCAAGGUGGCCACGAUCGCCGAACGCCCCUUCGUCUGGGUCAGGCCCGUCGCGGACGAGUCCGACUGCCUGCCCUCCGAGAUAUUCUGUCCCUGGACCAACAGCUCGGACGGAAUCGCCUACCCGUUCUGCUGCGAGGGCUACUGCAUGGAUCUCCUGCAAAGUCUCUCUCAGAAGCUCAACUUCACUUAUACGUUAUAUCAAGUUCAAGAUGGACAAUACGGAACCUUCGAUUUCGUAAACGGCUCAACGCACAAGCGCUGGUCUGGCAUGGUGGGAGACCUCGUGCGCGGAGUCGCAGACAUGAUCAUCGCACCCCUUACCAUCACCCCGGAGAGGUCCAUGGAGAUCGAGUUCACCAAACCCUUCAAGUACCAAGGAAUCACCAUCCUGGCGAAAAAGGCAAACAAGAGUUCCACCCUGGCGUCUUUCCUCCAGCCGUUCCAGAAGACCCUGUGGAUUCUGGUGAUGGUGUCAGUGCACGUGGUGGCCCUGGCUCUUUACUUGCUGGACAGGUUCAGCCCUUUCGGCCGUUACAAACUGCCCAACAGUGACGCCACCGAAGAAGACGCCCUAAACCUUUCGAGCGCCAUCUGGUUUGCGUGGGGCGUACUGCUCAACAGCGGCAUUGCUGAAGGAACUCCUCGGAGCUUUAGUGGCCGCGUUCUAGGCAUGGUGUGGGCAGGAUUCGCCAUGAUUGUGGUCGCAUCUUACACUGCCAACCUGGCGGCAUUCCUCGUGUUGGAAAAACCGGAGUCGUCUCUCUCAGGCAUCAACGAUCCUAGGUUGCGGAACCCGUCUGAAAAUUUUACCUACGCCACGGUGAAAGGAAGUGCGGUUGACAUGUACUUUCGGAGACAAGUGGAACUCUCGAACAUGUACCGGAUCAUGGAAGGGAAGAACUACGAUUCGGUGGAAGAAGGCAUAGAGGCCCUGAAGAACAACCAACUGGAUGCUUUCAUCUGGGACUCGUCUCGGCUGGAAUUUGAGGCUGCUCAGCACUGCGAGCUGGUCACCGCCGGAGAACAGUUUGGACGUUCGGGGUACGGCAUAGGCCUCCAAAGGAAUUCCUUCUGGGUCGACAAGGUCACCCUCACGCUACUCGAGAUGCACGAAAGUGGUUACAUGGAACAACUGGACAGCAAAUGGAUCAUCCGGGGUGGAGAAAAAUGUGAAACAAAAAACGAACGCACUCCAGCGACACUGGGGCUUACCAACAUGGCGGGCGUGUUCAUCCUCGUCGGAGCCGGCAUCGUGGGUGGUAUAGGGCUCAUUGUGAUAGAAAUCGUGUACAAGAAGCACCAGACACGGAAGCAACGGAGGCUCGAGCUCGCCAGGCACGCCGCCGACAAAUGGCGUGGGGCUGUUGAGUUCUGCUACGACCUGAGCCCCCGGCCCGACCGCUCCGUGUCCCGCGAGCACAUAGCAACCGCUCCGGCAGGGGGCGCGACGGUUGAGAAGGGACGGAAGCUCGCGUGGCCCACUCCCCUCCGCACCAGGAGCGUGGGUACCAACACGGACCCUCCGGUCUCGGACAUUCCAAAGGCAAAGAAGAAGAAGAGACGCCGCCGGAGCCGGUUCGUUAAUAAGGACAGUCCGCCAAGCUGUGGUACAGACUCGAGUGACUCUUGUGAGGGGAAAGUUCCUUCGCACACUCUGGACAACGUGAAAAGAGCCUCUGGUGCUUCGAAGAGUAGUAGUCACAAGAUGUCCCCGUCCCGGUCAGAGUCAAAACUUCUCUAGUGAUUCAACGCGUAUUCGAGCGUAAGACCCUGCGCUCGACGAUGCAGCUGCAGAGUCGGCGGGUGAAGGUGAACGGCCGGGAGCCCUUUAC